GAUCUCGACGAAAGUGAGGAAACUCAUUGUGUCUACAGGCAUCUGAACGACGAGUUGUACCGAUACUGCCUCUUGGUACACCAAAAGAAGGACGGAGACAGGUGCUACUACCAUGAAGGCCACACGAUAUGCUGUUGUUUCGUCCAUCCAGACAAAGAAACAUGUGAUCCAACUGAGAUCGACUUGAUCCGACCACCUCCUCCCUCAAAGCUUCCAUCAAUACGUGUGACACCUCGACCGAAUAUCGGCACCAGUGCGAGGACAACUACAAAAAUCGGCGGAUUCACUUCCUUCAACAGCAGCACAACAAACGCUCCAACCAGCACCACGUCAACAUGCCGUAUCUCGUAUCCACGAAAGAAAGUGAACGGUUCGAAGGCGCGGCCGGUACUUGUCUGUGAUUCCGCGCACUCCAUUGCUUUGUACUUCUUGUUCAGUGUCCUGUUCUUUCACAUUUUGUCGCCAUCUUUAUUUUGA